CAAUCGUCUUCUCCACUCUAAAAACCUUAAUCAAUGGAGUCCACCAGUACGAUCAAGAAGCUAACAAAAACCCACACACUAAUCAUCAAGCUCGUCGCGUUUCUCGCCGUCGCCGCCGUUUUCAUUUCACUAUUCCUCAUAAACUCAUCGAACCACCACCGCCGCCGCCGCCCAUUACCAACAACGCCGCCUUCUCCCCUGCAAUCAUUCAUCAAGAAAUCCUGCUCAGAAACCCUAUACCCCUCUCUCUGCCACACAACCCUCUCCCCAUUAAUCCCCACCUCCAUGAACAACAACAACUCCACCACCUUCCAGAACAUUCUCCAAUUCGCCAUCAAUCGAACCGCCGGCCACGUGAAGAACACCCAAACCCGCAUCUCCGCCAAUUUCAAAACCCAAGAUCUCACCUCGCCGGAGAAGAACGCCCUCAAAGACUGCAUGGAGAUGCUCGAUCAAACCCUGUACGAACUCGAACAAGCCCUAAUCCAAUUGGGCGGCGGUUCUUCUCCUCCUCCGACAACAGGCUACAAUCUCCGCCGGUCGUACGGUAACAUCAAAACCCUCUUGAGCGCCGCCAUGACGAAUGAGAACACUUGCAUUAAUGGGUUCUCCGAUUUGGAAGAACUUGAUUUGGUCGGUGGGGGUAGAAACCCCCAAAAGGGUACUCACAGAGAACACCUUCAGAAUCUGCUGACCCCAAUUUCACACAUGAUCAGCAAUACCUUGGCAUUGAUCAAGCGCGUGGAGAAUAUUAACCGCAAAAGGGUGCACCGAAUUAUCAAGAACACGGAAUCGAAGGCCGUGAUCGACCCGAACUACGUGAGGAUUGUUCGUCGGAGAAAGAAGCACGCGGCGGCAGUGAAGAGGAGGAGGAAUAAUAUUCCACGGCCCGACUCGAUUGUCGCCUGGGACGGAAGUGGCGACUGCACGAGCAUCGCGAAGGCAAUUGCAAAGGCGCCAAAUAUGAGCGCGAAAACGUACACGAUCAAAAUAAAAUCCGGGGUUUAUAAAGAAAGUGUAUUGAUUCCGAGGGAGAAGAUCAAUAUCAUGUUGGUCGGAGACGGGAUGAAUUCGACGAUAAUCACGGGGUCCAAAAACUUCGUAGAUGGUUUCUCCACUUUCCAGUCGGCCACAUUAACUGUGGUGGGAGACAAGUUCUUGGCUCGGGAUUUAACAAUAAGAAACACCGCAGCACCAGAGAAGCACCAAGCGGUGGCUCUAAGGGUGACUUCAAACGCGGCGUUUUACCGAUGUGGGAUAAUUUCACAUCAAGACACACUAUACGCUCACUCGCUUCGUCAGUUCUACCACGAAUGCACUAUCCAAGGCACAAUAGAUUUCAUAUUCGGAAACGCAGCUGCAGUAUUCCAAAACUGCAAGAUUCUCGUCCGAAGACCGGUGAAGGGACAGAGGAACAUGAUCACAGCUCAAGGGAGAGAGGAUCCGAACCAGAACACGGGUAUUAGUUUACAGAAUUGCACGAUCGAGGCUGCAGAGGAAUUCGAUCUUGGGCAGAGGAAGCAUUUUUCGACUUAUUUGGGGAGGCCGUGGAGGAACUAUUCGAGGACCGUUGUGGUGAACAGUUACUUGGGGGAUUUGAUACACCCGCGAGGGUGGUUCGAGUGGGAUCGGUACAGUAGUUUGGGUACAGUUGAGUACAUUGAGUAUAGGAAUUCUGGGCCCGGAGCGGAUACGAGGCGGAGGAUUUCGUGGGGAGGGUAUAGAAAGAACUGCAGUGAAGAUGUGGUGAAGCAGUUUAGAGCUGAGGAGUUCUUGCAUGGAGGAGAUGAUUGGUUGGAUUCAACUGUGAUCCCACUCUUUGGUGGUUCAUAAUUGAUUUUUAGGAAAAGAGGUUUUGAUUAGGGUUUUUUAGGAUUACUGCACAUAAAUUGAGAA